CACGUGCAUCAUCUUUCUUCAACGCAGCGCCUCCCGCCCGCCAUGUCUCAACAGAAAGAUCGCAGAACGGCCAGCACGAGCAGCGCUGGCAAGCCGACGUUCGCGCAAUGGGCGACGGGAAUAAAAAGCCAACCGAAACGCAAGAGCAAGAAAUGGAUUCAUCCGCCCGGAGCGAUGCUUCGAGGCUGCGUGAUUUACACCGUCAAGUUCUUGGGCGUCACAGAGGUAGACAAGCCAAAGGGAAACGAAGUAGUGCGCGAGGCCAUCAAGAGACUCAAGUUUUCUGCUCAUGUGAAGAUGAGCGAGGGAGUAAAGCCACCGAAAAUCGAUUUAGGUAUCAGUUGCCAGUUUAUCCGCAUUCAAGAGGCUAAGACAAAGUUGACAAUGCAUCAGAUCUCGCUGAAGAGGAUUUCCUAUUGUGCCGACGACAAACAAGACAAGAGGAUAUUCGCUUUCAUCUCUAAAGAUCAACAGAAAGAAGUUCACAGCUGCUACGUUUUUGAUACAGAGAAUUUGGCUGAAGAGAUUACUCUCAGUGUUGGACAGGCAUUUGAUCUCGCUUUCAAACAGUUUGCAGCCUCAGCAGGACAGUCACUAGGAAUUCAGAAGAAAAUGAUGGCCAUGGAGCAGCAAGUCAAAUCGUCUGAGGCUGAAAAGGAUGCGCUUAGACGCCGCGUGGCGGAACUAGAAAUGUCAAAAGAUCAACAGACUGUCCAAGCUGUGGCUCUGAAACAAAAGGUGGAAGAAAUGCAAGUAACAAGCACAUGGAAUCAAAUGAAAGCAGACUCAGUUGCUGCAACAGCCCAACAACAAGGAGCCUUCUUCAGCCCACAAUCCCCAACAUCACCUCCAAUGGAAGGUCUUGGCCGAGCAGACUCGUUUAGUGGUGGCCCAGUGGCAGCAGGAGGAGCAGGAACAUUCCACCCCAUCAGUGAGCCGCUUGUGAGUUUCGAUGAGGUCGACUUUCCAUCUACACUUGAGGUAAAGUAUCAACAUACAAACGAUCUUGAUUCGGCCAUUGCAGACAUCGAAAAGAAACUGGCAGAGCUGCAGAGUGGCUUUGAUGUAGGAGAGGGGCUGACCACGGCAGGAAUCGACUCAUAGUUGUGAUAACUGGUUGGUUUAAGAACCAAAUUCUUAGUGAGAUUUCAACGUUUUGUGUGGUAUCACGUGCUAAGAAAAUGUAGUAAUACAUAAUUAUAUCAAUGGAUUUGUACGAGAGUAUAAUACACGUGCAUACAAUGGUAA